AUGAUUAAUUACCACACCCCAUUGCCUCCAGAGAACAAUCCAUUCAACUUUCUUAGGAUCAUUCUUUCUAACGACACUCCAUCUACAGGCAUUAGGUUAUCAAAGAAGUUUACUGGCAAACAUGGAAAGGAAUUGUCAGAUAAGGUGGCAUUGAAGUUACCAAAUGGUGAUAUCUGGGAAGUUAAGGUAAAAAAGUCAAAAGGUGAGAUUUGGCUUAAAAAAGGUUGGGGUGAAUUUGUGGAGCAUUAUGGUAUAAAGUUUGGGCACUUGUUGAUGUUUAAGUAUGAAGGGUGUUCAAUAUUUGGUGUGGUUAUAUUUAGUUCAAAUGCAUCAGAAAUAGAAUACCCUGAAAAGAACAUAAAUGGUAACAAAAAGUAUGUAAAAGAAGAUACAAGAAACAGUCAAGUUUCUUGUGGUGAGUUGAAGACCGUUAAGUCAGAAGAUGAGACUUGGAGUGAAGAUCAACAAGGUGAUGAAGGUGAAUGUUCAAAGAAGAUGGAAAGAAAAAAGAAUAUGGAGGAUGGAAGAAAAGCACUUGAAAAGGCCAAGGCUAAUUUCAAAUCUGCCAAACCUUUUUUCAUUGUUUAUAUGCAGAAAUCAUAUGUUACAAAGAGUGGAGUGUAUGUACCAGCUGAUUUCAGGAUGAAAAAAUGGAGGGGUUAUACGAACGGACUCAAAUGUUUGCUUCAGCUUAAGAAUGAUGGAACACUAAAGACAUGGGAGGUUAUUGCUGAUAAUGGUUGUUUAGGGAUUGGUGAUUGGUUGAUGUUUGUGGAAGAAAAUGCUAUUAAAGUUGGGGAUGUGUGUGUUUUUGAGCUGUUGCACAAACACCACAACGUUUUUGGGGUCACAAUCUUUCGAUCUGCUUCUUAG